UAUAUAUGAUCUGACUAUCGGCCUAGUUAAAUAAUGGUUAACUUGCUAUCUAGCUAGGUAACCAUUCGGAGUAAAUAGCUAGAUUUAGUUUUCCAGUAGAGUUACGUGCUAUUUGCUAAUCGAUAGAAACGACUAACUAAUAUAGCUAGGUAUCAAAUAGCUAGGGAAGAUCAGGUUUGAUAUUCGUAUUAAUUGGAUUACUGAAAUAUAGGGCAUUGACACUGUGGUCAGUUGUCUGGGACCCGACAUUGAAUUGCACUGAACUCUUGUCAGGCAGAGAUGAGCGUUUGAAUAAGGACAGUUUUCUCUAUAAGCCAAAAUGUUGAAUACAAUUAUAUAUUUUAACGUACUUGACCAGUUUUCCGUACGGUUGGUCCUUUUUUGGCGGUAGGAAUGUGAGACAAUAUAUCCACAGGAAAGUAUAAUUGCAACAGUUUUCACAGCGCUGGUGCAUCGUUCAGAUGUAUUUCACAUUAGCUCGUGCCGAAGAUGAAAACACAGCAGCUCGCCCUUCUCCCUGAGUGCUGCCGGCUCCGAAGAACCUCUCGUCUCAAUCACACACGGCUCUCCAUCACGUGAUCGGGUCUCACAGGCUACAAGUGAAGACGGACACAUCGGGGCCGCAACUGUGCCCAUCCUCAUCCAAUUCCCAGGACAGAGCAGUGCCACCCACCAGUGCCAUGGCUGGCAUCACUAUCCGAAGAUUUGAGGAAGAUGACAAGGAGACCGUGAAGGAGAUCUUCACCAUGGGGAUGAGCGAGCACGUCCCUUCCUCCUUCAUGCACCUCCUCAAACAGCCCCUGACCCAGAUGAUCCUGAUGGUCACGUUCUGCGCCCUGCUGGCCAGCUCCAAGUCCGUCCUGCUGCCUGUAGUAGGGGUCACUCUCCUCCUGGCCGGGGCCAAGCAGCUGGUGGGCUACCUCUUCAACAGCUACAUCGACACCUCCCUGAGGAAGGACCUCGGCCACAUCCAGGAGACCUACCUGGAGAACAAGGACUCGUGUUUCUGGGUGGCUGAGAGCGACGGCCGGGUGGUGGCAACGGUGGCCUGCCUGCCCGCGGAGAGGGAACCAGGCUGCAUGGAGCUGAAGAGGUUGUCUGUACGUCGUACACACCGGGGGAUGGGCAUCGCCAAGGCCCUCAGCAGGACAGUGGCAGACUUCAGCAGGGAGAGGGGCUUCCCUGCGGUCGUCCUCUACACGUCUGUAGUGCAGACUGAUGCACAGAGGCUGUAUGAGAACGUGGGCUACACACGGGUCAGAGAGUUCGUCAUCCCUGAGCCCAUCGCCAAAAUCACCAACUUUACCCUGAUAGAGUACAGACUGGACUUACUGCAGGGGGGGAAAUAGGAGGACUGGGCUUACUGCAGAGGGGGAAUAGGAGGACUUACUGCAGAGGGGAAAUAGGAAGAGGACUAGACUUACUGCAGGGGAGGAAAUAGGAGGACUGGGCUUACUGCAGGGGAGGAAAUAGGAGGACUGGGCUUACUGCAGGGGAGGAAAUAGGAGGACUGGGCUUACUGCAGGGGAGGGAAUGGGAGGACUGGACUUACUGCAGGGGAGGAAAUAGGAGGACUGGACUUACUGCAGGGGAGGAAAUAGGAGGACUGGACUUACUGCAGGGGAGGAAAUAGGAGGACUGGGCUUACUGCAGGGGAGGAAAUAGGAGGACUUACUGUAGGGGGGAAAUAGGAGGACUGGACUUACUGCAGGGGAGGAAAUAGGAGGACUUACUGUAGGGGGGGAAAUAGGAAGAGGACAGAACUUACUGCAGGGGGGAAAGGAAUGUUAUAAUAUCUGUACAUUAUAGAAACACCUGUAUUUACAAAAGUACAAUGAUUCAUGUUUUACUUUAGCUUGAGAUUAAGAAUCAGUGAUAGAGACAUUUAUAAGUGCAUGAAGAGGUACAAAAGAUGCCCGUUUUGUUGAAAUUCUACUUUCAGUUCCUGUUGAUACCAUGCCCAGUCUUACUUCUGCCAGCAAUAAGGGGAAGAAGGAUUGGGAGACGAACUGCCAAUAACACAAAAAGCUCAACGGAGACAGAGACAUCUUUGUAAUCAGGUUAAAGGACAUCAUCCUGGGCGGGGUGAACGUCAGUAGGGGAUAAAAAGGGAAGACGCCAUUUUGAAAACUGAGUGUGUUUACUCCGGAGUUGCAAAUCCUUAUUAAACAAACUAACCUCUGAUCAAAGAAGUUUUCUGUGGUCUCGUGUAUGAACUGAGAUCCCUUACAGGGGUAAACGGGGUGAGGACUGGACUUACUGCAGGGAGGACUGGGCUUACUGCAGGGGAGGAAAUAGGAGGACUGGACUUACUGCAGGGGAGGAAAUAGGAGGACUGGACUUACUGCAGGGAGG